CACUCGUGUUUUCAACGGAUUUACACGCUAAUAAGUUUCUACCACCCCUAAAAACUCCACCGCUACAGCUCGCCUUUUGAUUGACCGCUCCAUAUUUUUUUCUUCUGUGCUGAAUUUUCCUCCUGCUGGAGAAAGGAGAAAAAAACAACAGAGACUGGGGGAAAACUGAGAGGAAGAAGAAGGCACAGCGGAAAAAUAAAGGAGCUGGAGGAAAAGUGAAAUAACGGGAGAAUAGCGGGAAGAUUGGAGGAGCAGAUCUGGAAAGAGAGAAAGAAGACAUCGCGCAAGUGGAGAACGAGACUUGCAAUAUAUUUUUAGAAGUCCUUGCUUGGGUGUGAAGAUUUUUAAUUGUUUCUAGUCUGAGAGAAAAAAAGGAGGCGACACCAUGACGACAGAAAUGCAGGAGAUCGCCAUCACGGAGGAGAAGCCUUUACUCACGGGUCAGGCCGAAGCAAAGGAUGCUGAGCUGGCUGCCAGGAUACUACUGGACCAAGGACAGGAGCACAGUAUCGAGACCCCUCAUGGUGUUCUGCAUGUGACCCUCCAUGGCACACGGACUACCCGCAGGCCUGCCAUCCUCACCUUCCACGACGUGGGCCUGGACAGUAAGAGCUGCUUCUCCCCUCUGUUUAAGUUUGAGGAGAUGCAGGAGAUCGUCAAGAACUUCACCCUGAUCCAUAUCGAUGCCCCGGGGCAGGAGGAGGGGGCUGCAGCCUACCCCGUAGGUUACCAGUAUCCCACCAUGGAAACCAUAGCAGAGAUGAUUCCUGCUGUCCUGCAGUUUUUCAACUUCCGUACUGUAAUCGGAGUGGGUGUGGGAGCUGGAGCGUACAUCCUCUCCAAGUUUGCACUUGCAAACCCAGACUCAGUGGAGGGUCUGGUUCUGAUCAACAUUGACACUAACGCCCGGGGAUGGAUAGACUGGGCAGCUCAGAAGCUCAGCUCUGUGACUUCCUCCCUCACCGAGCAGAUCCUCUCACACCUUUUCAGUCAGGAGGAGCUGUCAACAAACACAGACCUAGUGCAGUCUCACAGAGAGCGCAUCUCCAAAGCUUCAAAUCUGAUCAACAUAGAGCUCCUCUGGAAGACUUACAACAGUCGCAGAGACUUAAACAUUGAUCGCAACAGCACCUUCAAGUGUCCAGUGAUGUUGGUAGUGGGUGAUCAAGCUCCAUAUGAGGAUGCUGCUGUGGAGUGCAACAGCAAAAUGGACCCAACAACAACCUCAUUCCUAAAGAUGGCUGAUGCUGGUGGUCUCCCUCAGCUGACCCAGCCUGCAAAACUGACCGAGGCUUUCAAGUAUUUCAUCCAGGGAAUGGGCUACAUGGCUUCCUCUUGCAUGACCCGCCUGUCCCGCUCUCGCACCACCUCCCUGUCCUCCUCCUACUCCAUGGAUGGGUCCCGCUCUCGCUCCCGCACCCUGUCCCAGGGCUCGCAGGGUGGCCAGAUGCCACCCAGCCCCUCCCAAACAAUGGAGGUGUCUUGCUGAAGCAAAAAAUAAAACAAAAAAAAAAAAACAUCAGAAAGAGCAAGAAAGAGAAGAGAGGGUGGGAGGAAGGGAAAGAUGAAGCAUGAGAGUAACGCAGGAACAAGACGAAUGGGUUACUUGUCACUAAACAACUCCCAUCAUUCCCCACAAGAGCAGAAUAGAAAAAACAGACGGGGUGAGGGAGGGAGAAAGAGAAACGGAGGGAAUAUCUACACAUUUUGCACCACUUACAAGUCCAUUUGUUUUUCUCACACCCUUCUUAUUUGAUGUAAAAACGUAGAUUGGGCUGUUCAAAAACAUAUAAAGGCUAAAGAGAUUAAUCUAAAGGGGGAUGUGAGGAAAGAAUGGCAACCAUCCCUCUCUUCCUCCCUCUAUUGGACCCUCUGUCAGCCAAUAGAGCCCUUUAAUUUAGAUGAGGAGGCCUAUAGAGACCACACACCUUGAGUUAACCAAUAGUAAUAAUCCUAAAAUGACAAUGUUGUUGAUGCUGAUGAUGAUGAUAAUGAUGAUGAUGAUGAUGAUGUUGUAAUAGAAAAAAAACAGUAACACUUUUUCUCUUUAUUAAGCAAUGAGUUUAAAAUGACAUAGAUAAAAAAUAUAUACUAUAGCAGAUAUAACGAUGUGUGUCUACUACUUUUUAAGCUAGUUUUUACUGUGUCAUUUGUUUUCUUUAAUCAGAUUUGAUUUUCUUAACUGUAACCUGCCUCAGCAAGGUGCUGAAGCUACUGGUUGGUUGACCUGUUGUGUGGUAACAGCCAAUGAGAGCCAUUAUAGUGACUACUUCCUCCUUGAUGUUGCCAGGUUGUUUAUGUCUUCCAUUCGCCCCGUCUAAUAGUGACUGUUUCAUUUCCCUGUCGGUGUGAGGAGUUGGGUUGGAAGCUUUUAUUUUAAGAUACUUGUCUAUUUCUUUUGGACUGUUUGGAACUGCAUGCCUGGUAUCAGCCCAUGUGAAUACUGACUGGAUAAUAUUUUUCUUUUAUAUUCUGGAUUUGGCUGUGUGUGUGUGUGUGUGUGCUGCUUUGUUAGCUUUGAGUGUUUAGCUAACUUGGAGGACUAAAGAAAAGAGACUAAGGCUGUGUCUCAAUUCAGGGUUGGCAUCCUUCGAAGGUGGCCUGAAUCCACCGAUCAGAAGUGAGACAGUUUUAUCUACAAAAGAUUCUUAUGAGCUGUUCCUGUUUGUUGCCAAACACUUCCUCAAUAGCUGCACCAGAGCUAGCUAACGUACUCAAAAACUGGUGAAAAUGUUUUGUUUAACAGAUAAGUUAAACUUUCUAUGCCACUUUUGUGUUUUCACAUUAGUACUAGAAGCUAUUUGAGUUGUUACUCACACUUAAUAUUUUAUUACUUGACCAUUUGAGAGUCUGUAAGCUAGUUUGAACUGGUGUGAAUAUGAUGGGCCAUUAAAUGUACAGUUUGUAAAAUUGGGAACUUUAGUGACAUCUGGUGGGAGUCAGUAGGAUUUUUAAAAAUCUGUUUUUUGGUAUCUGUGAUACUGUAGAAACAAGCAAGAUGCAAAAAUUCCAAGAUGGUAGAGUCCAUGGAGGGGACCCUCCUGAUGAAUCACAUACUUCUGUUAGUAUACUGUAUUACAGUACACUUUAAUACAGUACAUACCACUUAAUCAUAGCAGGUUGAUAUUGUCCCAAGUCACGCACCGACGUUUUGCACUUACAGGAAAUGACAUCAGUUUAACUACCAGUUUUCUUCUACCUCUUUUUCAACAGGAAGUUUUAAACAAAAGGCGAUUAUAACUGAAAGAUUAAUGUAACUUGUAAUUUAUGUUAACUUUACUGGCUAAAGAAAAUCAACUCAUUUUGCCUUAAAUGCUAUUUUCUUGAUUGAAAUCUGCUGCUGUUGCUAAUAACACGUUAGCUAGCUAGCAUAUGCUAACAUUAGCUAGUGCGCUAGCAUGCUAACAGUACAAUAUCUGCUACGUCACUAAUAUGGCAUUUAGGACGCAAAGUGCCCAUCCUUUUCAGUUUAAAUGCCCGUUGUACUCUCAAAAUAUGUAUGCGAUUUGGGAUACUCUGAAAAUAAAACCAUGUCAUAUAAAAGGGUGAUUUAACACUAAUUUAGCUAGGCCUUCCUAUCAAUGUUCUGUUUCAUUUUUAUCAAGAUUGUUCCGCUUUUGGGCUAGAUAUUACACACUGUAUCUUAAAGGAUGGAUCCCACAUUGGCUGGCAACAUAUCAGGUCUUUGAAAUGGGACAAUGGGGUCUGGCAGCAGAUCUCUGGCCCCCGCACAGACCACUGCUAUGAGACGCCCCCUGUCAGAACAUACAUAAAACAACUUGCUGGUACAACGUAUUUACAGUUAUCUAUAUUUUUAAAUAUGCCCUUCAAAAAACAAAGUCUGGCAGUCACGUGAAAUAACCACACUGCUAACAUUAAGGUCGAAGCAACAUUUCAUAAUUAAAACUGAAAAAAGUCAGAGGUCUAACCCAGUAUUAAAUUAUGUAUAGACCUGUUUUAGAAGUGGUUACAUGAACAGUGGCUUAUUUUAGCUUCAUUAGCUACGUUAGCUGUGCUAGCUAUGCUAGCUGUGUAGUUAAUAUUUCUACCAAAGCCAGUGUAGCUACUGUAGUCUUAGCAAUUUUGUGGUUGUAUAUGAAGCUAACAUAGUUUAUGUUAGCUAUGUAGCUGGGUUAACAUUAGCAAACAAAGCAUAAGCUGAUGUAGCUAAAAUAGCUUUUUCAGCUACUUUGUCUGUACUUGAGUGUUUUAAUGGAGGACAAGCUUUUUUCUUUAAGCAGACUGUUUGCUUUAUUAAAUGUUAUGUUAUCAGGUUCUGCAGGUCAGGUUUUUGACUUUUAACUUUUGAUAUCCUAACCCUUACCUUAGCCCUAACUGCAAGUUUAAUCAGAUUUUAUUUUUAACGUUUUAGCGUGUAUUUCUGUUCUGACAGAGACGGUGUCUCUCAGUUGUCUGCAAGAGUGGAAGUCUGAGAGCUGCUGCCAGACUGCUUUUACUAUAACUGUCUUCAGAUUCUUCCUCUGAAGGAUGUCGCCCCUGAAUUGGGACAUAGCAUAAGGGUGUAUGUGUGCUAUAGCUAGCUAUCUAGCUAGCACCCUACUGUUAUCAGUAGUCACACUCUAAAAAUAGUGCUUCCAAUAUUGCUGGCAGUCUGGCACUGUGUGACCGAAUAUCCACGUACACGUACUACUCAACAGGGAGCAUUACAUCACUAAAGUAGCAUGCUAGCAUGGAUAUUACAUUUCAGUGUUGGGCGUGGCCUGAAGGGAUCACUGUGUAUCAUCUGGGUUGUACGCUCUUAUACCUCCUAACAAACCCAGCUAGCAUACUUGAGUUCCAGUGCGAUGUGAGGUCGAAUGGACGCACGCUCCUCUCUAGCAACAAGCGGCUUUAUUUCACGCAACAGGGUUGAGAGAAUUGUGUUUGAAUGUGAUGAUGUUUGUGUGUGUCUGAGGGAGGAUUUAUGAGCUGAAUGAAAGCGCUUGUAUCCUGUAAGCACAAUUAAUGCAGCAAAACAGGGCCAGGGUCCGAUGAAAAGUUUAGUUUUGAGACCAAUGAAGCCCCUUGUGACUUGUUGAUGACAAUGUACCAGCCCCUUCACUGCCAAAACUCUCAAAAAAAAAGAGGAUAAAAGACAGUAAAUGUAGGACUGCUGCUCUGAAACAACCUCAAAGUCAGUUGUUGUGAGAAUGAAAACAACCAAUUUGGAAUCACAGCCAAUCCGGUUUUCUUACUGCCAUAAAAAAAGAGCUUACAAACUGGGGGGUAUUUUCCAUCUAAAUCCUGCCAUUAGCAGUGAAACAAGCUAAAUAUGCGCCUUCUAGCAUCUUUUUAAUGCGUCUCACUGAAUCUGAUUUCCUUUAUUUCAUACAUUUAAACGCAGAUAAACACAAAGCUUACCACUGCCCUACAUCAUGUAGCUAUCUGAAGUUUAAAAAAGGACUCUUUAUUAUUUGGACCUGAACUGAUUUACCUGGAGUGCUUGUGUUUGUAAGCGUGUCACGUUUGAUUUUCUUCUUCUCAUUUAAGCAGUAUCAUUUUUAGUCUGAGGGUUGCCUGUAUUGUUUGCUUUCUAGUGCUCCUCUCCUGUUAACAGAUUAGGAAGGAUAAUUUCAUCCACAUUGACAGCAAAGUCGAGUGGAGAGCCUCGGAGUGCAGUUCAGGACCCGCCUUUAAACAGCGAACAGCUUUUGUGUUCAAUAAGGCAAAUCUUAAAUCUUCAGUGAUUUGUGCUUUAAUGUGUCAAAUGAAGACGCUGCCAUAUUCAAGGAUCUGUGGUCAUUUUCUACUGAGCUGGAGAGUAGAAUGUUAAGUUAGACACAAAUAACAGGGUGUGGGAACAUCUACCAAAUCAGGAUAGCAGGCAGAGCCUAGGAAAUAAAAUAGCCAAAUAUGGAAAAAGAGCGGUACUUCUUCGAGGAGAGUUGAGCAAGGCUGUUUGAUUGUAAAUGCUCGUCUUUUGUUUGUCUCUUUAUUUUUACUUCCAUCAUACUUUUUUCUUUCCCCUCUUUGUUUUUGGGAAUUUGAUUUUAUUUUUUGGGUUUGUUUUUACCUCUGUGAAGUGUUAGUUUUACCGUCCAAAUGUGCUCACAAAGUUAGUUAACCGUGUGAUAGUUCUUGUGUAACUUUUCUAGCAUUAGAGCUGAUAAGGGAGAAUAAUAUAAUUAACAAUAAAAAAAGAUAAAAGGUAAAGAGAAUACAAUCAAAUUUACUUGUGUGGCUAAUUUCUCUGUGUAAUACAAUGGAAAUCCUAAAAAAAGCAACCUUAAAUAUUAAUAAAAGCUUAUGAAGAAUA